ACUCCUCAGUUGCUGGGACGCUCUUGGCGUGCUGCUUCUUCUUCCGCGCUAUCCGGCGGCAGGCGCCGACUAGGGUCAACAUGCCUCGUUACGCGCAGCUGGUGAUGGGUCCCGCAGGCAGCGGAAAGAGCACCUACUGUCACACCAUGGUCCAGCACUGUGAAACCCUGAACCGUUCCGUCCAAGUAGUGAACCUGGAUCCCGCAGCUGAACACUUCAGCUAUCCUGUGAUGGCAGAUAUCCGAGAGCUGAUUGAGGUGGAUGAUGUCAUGGAGGACGACUCUCUGAGGUUUGGCCCCAAUGGCGGGUUGGUCUUCUGUAUGGAAUACUUUGCGAAUAACUUUGACUGGCUGGAGAGCUGCCUUGGGCAUGUGGAAGAUGACUACGUCCUCUUUGACUGCCCAGGCCAGAUCGAGCUCUACACGCACUUGCCAGUGAUGAAGCAGUUGGUGGAGCGCCUGCAGCAGUGGGAGUUCCGUGUCUGUGGGGUGUUUCUGGUUGAUUCUCAGUUUAUGGUGGAAUCGUUUAAGUUUAUCUCCGGAGUCAUGGCAGCCCUCAGCGCAAUGGUGUCUCUGGAAAUCCCACAAAUUAACAUUAUGACCAAGAUGGACUUGCUGAGUAAGAAGGCAAAGAAGGAAAUAGAAAAGUUCCUUGACCCUGACAUGUAUUCUUUGAUAGAAGAUUCUACAGGUGUCUUAAGAAGCAAAAAAUUCAAAAAGUUGACUAACGCCAUCUGUGGAUUGAUCGAUGACUACAGUAUGGUCCGGUUUUUGCCAUAUGACCAGUCAGAUGAAGAAAGCAUGAACAUAGUCUUACAGCAUAUUGACUUCACCAUUCAGUAUGGAGAAGACUUGGAGUUUAAAGAACCAAAGGAAUCGGAAGAAGAAAGAUCAUCCAUGUUUGAUGAAUAUUUUCAAGAGCAAGGAGAUGAAUGAAGAUCAUAUUUCAUUUUUUCAGUGUUUAUUAAAACAUGAAGAACUUUGGGAGCAGAAUUUUACAAACACCCAUUUUUAGCCUGAGGGACAAGUGAAUGGAGGAUUGAUUCAUCCUUCCAAAGCAGAAAGACUAUGGUUAAUCCACAAUCUGAACAUUGUCACUUCCUCCUUCCUCUCAGCCCCUCAAAGAAAAGGAUAAUUUGGAAAAUCUACAGGCAUAUAUUUCCAAAUACUUGUUUAAGGGAGAACAAACUCUGGGCUCUAAAUAUGACAUGAUUCAGGAUUCCCAUUUAGAAGAACGAUUUGGAUUUGUAAAAAGCUGGUUUGAGGCUCCCAUUUAUCUGUUGAAUACAGACAAGCCUUUACUGCUGCUGUCCUUCGUUGGCCCUAGCGCAAUUUACUGUGUGGAAGUGGCAAAGAGAGAUUUCAACUUAAUGUGAAGAAAGAAAGACUUCCUGACAGCCAGAGCCAACCCCAAAUGACAUGGGUGCUCUCAGGAGGCUGUAGCUUGCUUCUCUUCCAGCAAAGGCUGAUGCUGAAUGUGAGGAAGAUUCUUUUACAGCUUCAGGUUGGAUGAGAUGACCUCAGGUGUCUCCUGUCUCAAAUUUUUUUCCUGCAGGUUUGCUGUUGGAAAUAUGAUUCAAUUGCCCUCCCUCAGAAUGAAUUGCUAAAAAUUACUUUUAUAAUAAGAAAUGAACUGUCACAUCAACGUUCUCCAAAAUCCUUUCAUAUUCCAAAUUCAGUUUUGAAAUCCUUGCCCCCUUUUUGGGUACAUCCUGUACCAGAUACAAAUUGACAACUGUAGAUAACUUACCAUGUUAAUAAAUUUCCCAAGUUUCUUAGA